AUGAACCAUGAUACAGGAACAAUCAAUCACGAUCCAACACCUCCGAAUUCUUUCAAAAAUAAAGAAAUACCAAAAUCAAAUCAUUCUUCUUCUUCGGAUGAUGACGUAGUUUUAAUUGAUGUUAAAAGCAAAAUUGAUAUUGAGCGUAAUUCUCCACCAACUAUCCCAGAUACGAUUCUUCUUGAUGAUAAUGUCGAGCAAUUAUCAUAUGGAUCAGAUAACGAACCACCUCCAAUACCGAAUACACCUCCACAGCCAUCGCAAGUGAAUUUUUCUCUUCCGCAUGGUAAUGACUCUUCAGAUAAUGCAGAAUUAGAAGAAGACGAAGAAAUUUUCAAUGAAAACGAAGAGCAUGUUACUAUCCACCAUGAGGAUAAUAGAAGUGUUACAGAACAAAUGAAUGAAAAACUUAGAUUAUUACGUGAAAAAUAUUUAAGGGAUGUACAAGAUAUACUUCAAGAAUAUGGAUGUACCACCCAUCAAGAUGUUCAAGAUCCACCAAUAUUUGAAUCUAUGACUGAUAAAGACCUUGAAAAUGAAUUAAAGAAAUAUGGAUUUCGAUUCACCACAAGAUCAUCGGCUAUUUCAAAGUUAAUAAGGAUAUGGGAAGCAUUAAAUAAGAAGAGCUCAGCCAGAAAUCAAAUACUCGGACCUAUUGACUUUAUUAGAUUAAAGAGUCAAUAUUAUGAGGAUAUUUUAGUCUACAAUCCGAUACCAUUAAUGUCAUUAUUCAGAGAGAUGACAAAUGGAGGCGUAAAAAUAACACUUUCAAAACUUAAAGAAAUUUUAGAGCGUGAAGGUGUUGCUUUUGCAGAAGAUGCUUCUGCAUAG